AUGUCACAGCAACAUGAAUAUCCCCCUCCGCCUAUGUCUGCUCCUCCAACUCAGACAUCAUUUACACCACCCAAUCAACCAUAUUUCGCUCAACCCCCCAGACAAACACCUCCAUUAAAUGGGGGUUAUCCAGUGAGCCCACCACCAAACCAACAGGGUUAUUCCAAUGGGGGAUAUCCAGCUCCCCCAUCAGCCAGUCCACCACCCCGUGAUCAGAUUGCCGAGCGAAACCAGGCAGCAUUACUUCAAAACCAGUCUCUUGGCCGCCUCUCAAUUUCAUCUCAAACCCCACCCCCAGUAACGAUGGAAAAGAUUCCCGGAGGUGCACCAGCGUAUGGAAAGUUUGUUGGGGCACAAUCGCACAAUGCGGACGAUGUUGGGACAUUCAAUGGAGGCAGUUACAGAAUCAGCCACAGAGAUACGAACUCAAUUUUGACAGUGCAAUUGGCAAUGGGCUGUCCUUUGACUGUCAGACCAGGUGCAAUGAUUUCAAUGUCACCAACAAUAACCCUAAGAGGAAGCAUCUCCUUCACGUUAAAGAAAUUUCUCAUCGGUGGCAGCAUGACCAUGUCACACUACACGGGCCCGGGUGAGCUGCUUCUUGCGCCGCCAAUGCUGGGAGAUAUUAUUGUCCACGAUAUCAAUGCAGGAGACAAAUGGAACGUGGGAAGGGACUCUUUCCUAGCCCAUACUGCUGGUGUUCAUCACGAAUACAAGGCUCAGACCUUGAGCAAAGGGUUCUUCUCCGGAGAAGGGUUUUUCAUUUACGAGUUCACGGGCCAGGGUUUGUUCUGGCUGCAAAGCUUUGGAGCAAUCAUCAAGAAAGAUCUCGUGGAAGGCGAGGCUUACUUCAUAGAUAAUGGUCAUCUUGUUGCAUGGAACUGCAAGUACGAAAUUGAGCGUGUUGCCUCUGGCGGUCUUGUUUCUAGCUUCAGUUCUGGCGAAGGACUGGGUUGCAAAUUCAAAGGCCCUGGAACAGUUUAUCUGCAAACCAGAAACCUGAACGCCUUCGCUACCCAGAUGAAGAUCAGCACCGCCAGUGGUUGA